AUGGACGGCGAGGUCCUCACCGCCUUUGACGUCUGCUGCUUCCCGGUCUGGUGCCCCUGCUACGUGCACGAGCACAAGGAGGGCACCCAGGCCUGCCUCCAGCGCUUCUGCCAGCUCGACCGCAGCGCAAAGGGCUUCAUCUCCGAGGACAAGUACCUCUCCGUCCCGGAGUUCUCCACCAACCCGCUCUCCCAGCCGCCGGAGCUCUGCUUUCAGUGCUGUCAUUCCGAUUCAGAGAUGCAGGAAGAACAGCUGACGGGCGCCCCCGAGGUGGUCAUGUGGGAUCCUCUCGAACAGCUCGUGCUCGCUGUCGACUUCGAUGGCAGGGUCACCCGCUCCAUCGCCCCCCUCUCCGGAGGGAUGUACUACUCGGAUUUCAUCCCCUACGUCAACUCAUACACAGAGAUCUACAUGUACUACUCGGAUUAA